AUGACUUCGCAGUCAGACACCAUGACCAAACUGGAGACUGAGGAGAUGACCGCGCAGACAGCGGCGCUCUCCAUGAGCAAGGCGGAGACGAACGAUGCACCGCCUAUGACACCUGCCGAGGAGAAGGCCUUGGUUCGAAAAAUUGACCGAAAUCUCAUGCCUCUGCUUCUCAUAUCAUACGCCCUGCAAUUCUUCGACAAGACAUCGCUAGGAUACACUGCCAUCCUCGGCAUCCAGGAAGACACGCACCUCAAAGGCACUGAUUAUGCCUGGGUCUCCUCCAUAUUCUACUUUGGAUACUUGAUCGCGUCGUACCCAGCAUCACUUGCGUUCAUCAAACUCCCUCUUGGAAAGUUCCUCGCCGCCUGCGUCGUCGUAUGGGCUGUCGUACUCGGCUGCCACGGCGCCGCGACAGGAUUCGGAAACUUGAUGGCCUUGCGGUUCCUGCUCGGCGUAUUCGAGUCGACCAUCUCCCCUGGCUUCUCCUUGGUGACGAGCGUGUGGUACAAGCCUUCGGAGCACGCAGCUCGCCAUGGUAUUUGGUUUGCUGGCAACACGACCGCCGCAAUCUUUGGCGGGCUGUUGGCCUACGCCAUUAGCCACAUCAAGACCGACAUUGCGGCUUGGCGCUGGCUGUUCAUCAUUUUCGGACUCGUCACAUUCGUCUGGGGCAUCGUGCUCUUGGUGUUCCUUCCAGACUCGCCUCUUGAUGCCCGGUUCCUCACGCAAGACGAACGCGCGUACGCCCUUCGCCGGCCGCAGCAGCAGACGCACAGCUUCAAGACUACCGAAUGGAAGCGAGAGCAGUUUGUUGAGGCUCUUUGCGACCCCAAGACUUGGCUGCUUUGCAUUUACACCAUAUGCACGUCCCUCCCUAACGGCGGGUACACGUCCUUCAGCGGCAUCAUCAUCCAGGGAUUUGGCUUCAGUACCUUCACCACACUUCUGCUUGGCAUGCCGGGGUCCGCGUUUGGUUUGUUCUUUGUCCUCGCCGGAACCUACCUCGCCCACAAAUUCAAGUAUUCCAGGUGCAUCAUAGCUGGUUCCCUGCAGCUCAUUGCUCUGGUUGGCUGCGUCAUGGUGUAUGCAAGCCCUACUUCGCAGAAAUGGACGAGGCUAGGAGGGAUGUGGUUGUUUCCUGCAUAUGCGGCUGGAUUCCCGUUGUCCCUUUCAAUCAUCGGUUCCGACAUAGCUGGUUACACCAAGAAGACGACAGUACUUGCUAUCCUCUUCAUUGGCUAUUGUGCUGGCAACAUUGCUGGUCCACAAAUGUUCAUCACCAAACAGGCGCCAAGAUAUCAGGGGGCAUUUCAAGGCAUCAUGAUCUCCAUGAUAAUUGCCAGUAUUUCCAUGUUAGCGCUGAGACAGUAUAUGGUAUGGGAUAACAAGAGGAGGGAUCGAGACCAGGGGGUAUGCAUUGACCCGGAGGCAGGUGUCGAGAGCACAUCGGAGCAUCUGGUUCGGACCGGUCUAGAUGAGACUGAUUGGCAAAACAAGCGCUUCAGAUACUUUUUGUAG